AUGAAGGCCCUUCGUGAAAAACUCAAGGAUACCAAGUUGCACGAUGCGAAGAUCAAAGCCAUUCAUCUCAAGCACAAAAUAGGCAAGCUCGGCAACAUUGUCAAUACCAAUCAUCGCCAUGAUGAGGAACAUGAGCAAGCUACCGACCGCAAAAGAACCGCCAUAUGUGAUAGUCAUCGCUUCAAGUCAUUCUUCCCGGAGCGCGACGCCAACAACAUCAAAUGGUAUGUCGAUGGCCGUGACUAUAUGUGGGCCGUCUCUGUAGGACUCGAGUCUGCCAAAGAAACCAUUUAUAUCGAAGACUGGUGGCUAUCCCCGGAGUUGUUCUUGCGUCGUCCGCCAUUUUUCAACCAAGAAUGGCGUCUUGAUCAAAUCCUCAAGCGCGCCGCCGAGCGUGGUGUUCAGAUUUAUGUUAUUGUCUACAAGGAGGUUUCACAGGCUUUAACUUGCAAUUCUGCCCAUACCAAGCACGCCUUGAGGGCGCUUUGCCCAGAGGGUACCCCUGGACAUGGCAACAUUCAUAUCAUGCGUCAUCCAGAUCACAAUGUCUUCGAGAACUUUGGUGACAUGACUUUCUACUGGGCUCAUCAUGAGAAAUUCAUCGUCGUCGACUAUCACCUCGCAUUCAUUGGAGGGCUGGAUUUGUGUUAUGGUAGAUGGGAUAUUAGGCAACAUAUCCUCGCCGAUGUGCAUCCAUCUGGCGUUGUCAACGAAAUCUUUCCAGGACAAGACUUCAAUAACAACAGAAUCAUGGAUUUCCAAACUGUUGAAGAUUGGUCCAACAACGAGUUGAACAAGACUGACUACGGAAGAAUGCCAUGGCACGAUGUCGCCAUGGGACUGGUCGGAGAGUGUGUAAUUGACAUCGCCGAGCAUUUCGUCUUGAGAUGGAAUUUCAUUAAGCGGGACAAGUACAAACGUGAUGAGGGAGUCGACUAUCUCUGCCUGAGUACAAGAUCUCGCUCUGAUGGUUCUAAUCCCGAUGAAGAUCUCAUUGCUGUACAACGUCCCAAACAUCCGGUAGGAAAUUACAUCGACCAUCCUUUGACCCCUCUGGAAGGGAAAGGACUACAGAACGCAGGCUCAGUCCACGCUCAAAUCGUACGCAGCAGCGAUGAUUGGAGCAGCGGCAUUUUGCUUGACCAUAGUAUCCAAAAUGCCUAUAUCGAAGUGAUUGAAAAGGCACAACAUUACGUCUACAUCGAAAACCAGUUCUUCAUCACAGCCACAGGUGAUCAGCAAGCCCCAGUCAGCAACACCAUUGGCCGCGCCAUGGUAAACGCAUGCAUUCGUGCCCACGAGGAAGGUCGAAAGUUCCGCAUCAUCAUUGUCAUUCCCGCCAUCCCGGGCUUCGCAGGCGAUCUUCGAGAAGACGCCGCCAUUGGUACGCGUGCCAUCAUGGACUAUCAAUUCAAGUCCAUCAAUCGUGGAGAACACUCCAUCAUGGGUCAGCUCACCAAGGCCGGCCUCGAUCCGACGCAGUACAUCUUCGUGUUCAACCUCCGUGCCUAUGACCGUAUCAACAAAACCCCUGCGCUCAUUAAACAAGAAGAAGAAUCCGGCGUCACGUAUCAACAACUCCAGCGCGCCGAAGCCGAAGAAAUCAUGGGCUCUGGCAUUCACGGCUACGCAGGUGACUCCUCAUCAGACGAAGAAACUGCAGACCUGGCCGUCAGCAAAGACGAACACGAGCGAAUCAUCGACCGAAAACGCAAAUUCGAAGCUUCCAGACGACACGGCGGAGCCGAAGACCCCAUCACUUCAACUGAUUCGAUUGCUGAAGACGCCAUGGCGCGCGGCGGGCUGGUCAGUGAGGAACCGUGGGAAGGCGAGCCGGAAGACGAGAAGGAGAACUUCGUGCAAGAGGAACUCUACAUCCACGCGAAACUCCUGAUCGCCGACGACAAGACCGUCAUCUGUGGGUCCAGCAACCUGAACGACCGCUCGCAAUUGGGCCGACACGACUCGGAACUCUCCAUCGUCAUGACCGACACCAAGAUCCUGGAGUCCACCAUGGACGGCAAGCCCUACCAGGCAGGCCACCACGCCGCAACACUCCGCCGACAUCUGUGGCGCGAACAUCUCGGCAUAAUUGAAGCACAGGAAGUCGACGGCAGCAACGAUCCAAACGCACAGCCGCCCACAGUCUGCCCGAACGACUCAUAUUCAGGCGAAGAGUGGGAUUUCGUUGCGGACCCGCUCGGAGACGCUGUCUGGGAGAAAUGGACGUCCCAGGCCACAACCAACACCGAGGUCUACCGCCACUUGUUCCGUGCAGAUCCCGACAACAACAUCAAGACAUGGAAGGACUACGACUCCUUUGCGCCUCGCAAGACAAUCAAGCAGGGCCAUCUCCACGAUCCGCAUAUGCCGGCAGAGUUGAUCAGGCAGGAAAUGGACAAGAUCCGUGGACAUCUCGUCUGGAUGCAAUUGGAUUUCUUGUGCGAGGAGGAAAUGGCCGAGAAGGGUAUUCAAGUCAACUCUAUGACUGAGGCGAGUCUUUCCUUCAAUCUAUCCUCUAAAACUAUUUCUCGUGAACAAUUUACUAACAAUCUUUCGUCUCUGUAG